AUGUCGUCAUCUGGUGGAAACAAGGGCAAGCGGGAAGCAGGAGGACCAGCUGGCAGUGGCCCUGCCCGCAAGAAGAAGAAGCACAACAAGAGCUACUACACAGGGGGAAGCAAGCGUGGUGCUCGUGAAGAAUGGGCCGAUGGAGAUCAUGGUGUGCUGAUGACGUGCGAGACUGGAGUUAUGGGUCUCGCUGUCCGCUCGGGCAAGGCCUAUCUCCACUCGCGGUAUGCGGACUGGGUGGCGUCGGACAAAGGCAAGGCCUGGGCCGAGGCGCAUCCGCUCCCGCUUGUGCCUCGCGAUCAGACAGCUGGCGGCGAUGACAGCAAAGACGACAGCAAGGCCACCAAGCCGAGCUCGGCUGGUGCCCCGUCGAGUGUGGCCAAGGAGGACAACGAUGACGGCGGCGAGAUCGAUUUCGAGGCUGCUAUGGAUGCCGAGUUUGAGGCGUUGGCCAAGAAGGACAAGCUGACCUUCCGCAAUCUGGAAACCAAGGUCAAGGGUACGUUUUUUGUUGGCACGCAGCCAACCGAUCCGUUCGUGGCGCAGCCGGACGGGUUCAUCAACUUUUGCUUUGACGCGAUCGCGUCCGCGCCGGUCAACGGCACCCAGUACAUUUCGCGCAUCGUUCCUGUUCAUGUGACGACCAAGCCCAAGCUGGAGCGGAUUGUGGCCAAGACCGGCGCGCUCCUCACCGCCUGGCUCGAGCAUCACCCUCAGCCGGCCGACGCCAAGUUUACCGUCAUUGUCAAGCGGCGGAUCAACAAGAACGUCGACCGGACCAAGCUGACUUCGGAUCUGGUUGGCCUCGGCCUUGCUGCAGGCUUUACCCUCGAGUGGAAGCGCGGCUACGACUUUGCCAUCUCAGUUGACAUCAUUCUCAACAUGGCCGCCAUCUCCAUCCUCUCCGGCUACGACACCUACCACAAGUACAACAUCCAAGCUGCGGUCAAUGCCGCCAUGAUUGCCAACGAAGAGUCCAAGACCAACUGAUA